AUGGAUACAGAGGUUUCAAGCGUUGAGAAUGUUAUACGUUACAGUUACAAAGAGUUGCGAAUUGCCACCAAUGACUUUAGUAUAUCUAAUAAAAUUGGGGAAGGAGGUUUUGGUUCUGUCUACAAGGUGCUUUCUGCCGAGUCAAAGCAGGGUUUGCGGGAGUUCUUGACAGAGAUAAUGGUGAUUUCAGAUGUAGAGCAUGAGAACCUGUUAAGCUGUAUGGUUGUUGUGCCGAAGAAAACCAUAGAAU